GUGUGCUUCUUCCAUUUAUGUAAAAACAGUUAUGAAUGCCAAAAGUAUUAAAAAUGGUUAAUGUAAUAUAAAGUCAGGGGAAAGCUUUUUACGUAAAAAUAAAUAAAUAAUAAAAACAUGGCCAAACAAACAGCAGUCGUCAAACAGCUUUCAGCACCCUGGACAGCAGCAGCUCACUGUUUACUCGAGAAAGUAUUUUUUUCACUCAUUGGUACAAGUUGGUUUGGUCAAACCGCCAGGUGGCAUAAAAAUAACAAAAAUUCCCUUCACCUUGUAAAGCAACUUUAAACUUUAAGAGCGUUUUUUCUCUCUUAUUUGUUAGUAAUGCUCUAAACGAUAAGAAAAGUUGCAAGCACACAAACACAUCGCAAAUAAAGAAACCUUUUAAACAAAUCCGCAUUUAACAGUACAAUUAGUCCGGGCAUCCAGUGCGCAUGCGUGGAGAAGAUCGUGUACCCGCUGCGCGCAGCUCUGGGCGCACCAUUGACAGGUUACUCGCGUACAAUUCUCAUACUGUGCAUUGAACACCUGUAAGAUGUGCAUGGAAACAACAGCUGGGUGGAAAUCAAGAGGUGCCAUUAAGUCCAUGCAAACCCUCUAAAAUCUCAUCACAAUGACUAAUUGGACAAACGUGUCCAACUGCCCGUUCAGCAUCACUUUAUGCGCUGAGGACAUUAUGGAUAGUAAUUCAACUGCUGAGGACUUAGAGUACCCGGUCCAUCUGUUCCCAGUCCCUAUCUUGACUGGCAUCACAGUGACAUGCUCUUUCCUGUUCCUCGUCGGAAUUGCCGGGAACCUGUUGACCAUCCUGGUGGUCACCAAAUACAAAGACAUGCGAACCACCACCAACCUUUACCUCUGCAGCAUGGCACUCUCAGACCUGCUGAUUUUCCUCUGCAUGCCCCUCGACCUGUACCGGGUCUGGCGGUACCGACCGUGGAACUUCGGCGACGAGCUCUGCAAACUCUUUCAGUUCGUGAGCGAAAGCUGCACGUACUCCACCAUCCUCAACAUCACCGCGCUCAGCGUGGAGAGAUACUUCGCCAUCUGUUUUCCCUUCAGGGCAAAAGUCGUCGUCACGCGGGGUCGGGUAAAAGGGGUGAUUUUCCUCCUCUGGACUGUGGCUCUGUGCAGCGCGGGACCCAUAUUCAUUCUGGUUGGGGUCGAGCACGAGAACGGCACGAACCCCUGGGAGACCAAUGAGUGUAAAGCCACCGAAUACGCCAUCCGCUCCGGACUGCUUACUAUGAUGGUGUGGGUCUCCAGCGUGUUCUUCUUCCUCCCGGUGCUCUGUUUGACUGUGUUAUACAGCCUCAUAGGCAGAAGACUGUGGAGAAGAAAGGAGAAUCCUGUCGGACCCAUUUCUAGUCGGGAAAAGAACAAUAAACAAACGGUCAAAAUGCUGGCUGUGGUGGUUCUGGCGUUUGUUCUCUGCUGGCUGCCGUUCCACGUGGGUCGUUAUCUCUUCUCCAAGUCAUCCGAGGCCAAUUCUCCUCUCAUCUCCCAAAUCAGCGAAUACUGCAACCUGGUCUCAUUCGUGCUGUUUUACCUCAGCGCCGCGAUCAACCCCAUCCUCUACAACCUCAUGUCAAAGAAGUACAGGAGCGCGGCGUGCAAACUGUUCGGAGUGAAGCGCGCUCCCGGACGAUCGGUGCAGAGCAUCGUGAAGAACGCCGAGAGCUUUUCGGUGUGGAACGAAUACAGCUGGAGCACGUGACAGAGGAAACGCCUCGAUUAAUACAUGUGCAC